CAUUCUAAGUUCCAAACAGCACAUACACACAUGGACUUGUUACCUUGAGGCUCAAUGGGGCCAUCAGCUGGCACUGAGGCUGGGAGGCAGCCCCCAUUCUGGCCACUGGCUUUGCCUUUCUGAGAAUUGAAUGAGUUUCCUAUCAAGGUGUUGAGGGGCCGGCCAGCCAUUCGCCCAAACCAGCACCAACUGAUCCACCAACUGUUUUCUGCCAAAGUGGCUUUCCUGAGUGUGUACCAUGCUGAUAACUGUGUACUGUGUGCGUAGGGACCUCACAGAGGUAACCUUUUCCCUCCAGGUCAGCCCUGACUUUGAGCUCUGCAACUUCAGAGUCCUCUGUGAACUUGAGUCUGGUGUGCCUGCUGAGGAGAUUCAGUUCAUCUACAUGGAGCAGCUCCUUACAGAUGAUCACUGUUCCCUGGGCACCUAUGGCUUCAAAGAUGGUGAUAUGGUUGUACUACUUCAGAAGGAAAAUGUGGGACUUCGGGCUCCAGGAAGGACCCCAAACCAGCCACGAGCAGAUUUCAAUGGGUCAGCCAUACCGGGAACAUCAAGUUCCCGACACCAGCAUCCGCAUCAGCAUCAGCAUCAGCAUCAGCAUCAGCAUCAUCAGCAUCAUCACCAUCAUCACCAUCAGCAACGUAUACCAUCAACACAAGCCCACGGACUGGCCUCUGGAGAGAAUAUGGCCUAUGCGCAGAAUCUGGACAGCCCUGCUCUGAUUCGCAGCAUGUUGCUUUCCAACCCCCAUGACUUGUCCCUGUUGAAGGAACGGAACCCCGCCUUGGCGGAAGCUCUGCUUAGUGGAAACCUUGAGACAUUUUCUCAGGUCCUGAUGGAGCAGCAGAGGGAAAGGGCCUUGAGAGAACAAGAGAUGUUUCGUCUUUAUUCUGCUGACCCAUUUGAUCAGGAAGCUCAGGCUAGAAUAGAAGAAGAAAUCAGACAGCAGAAUAUUGAAGAAAAUAUGAACAUAGCUAUGGAAGAGGCUCCGGAGAGUUUUGGACAAGUGGCUAUGCUCUAUAUUAACUGCAAAGUGAAUGGGCAUCCUUUAAAGGCUUUUGUCGACUCAGGUGCCCAGAUGACUAUCAUGAGCCAAGCUUGUGCUGAGAGAUGUAACAUCAUGAGACUGGUGGACCGGCGAUGGGCUGGGGUUGCUAAGGGAGUGGGCACACAGAGGAUUGUGGGCCGAGUUCAUCUGGCCCAGAUUCAGAUUGAAGGUGAUUUCUUACAGUGCUCUUUCUCCAUACUGGAGGAGCAGCCCAUGGAUAUCCUUCUAGGGCUUGAUAUGCUCAGGAGGCAUCAGUGUUCCAUUGAUCUGAAGAAAGAUGUGCUGGUGAUCGGCACCACCGGCACACAGACACACUUCCUUCCUGAAGGAGAGUUGCCCUUGUGUGCCAGGCUGGUGAGUGCAACGGUGCAAGAGGAAUCAGCAGACAAGGAAGUGGCAGGCAAUAUCAAACACCCAGUCAAGGGUCCAGCUCGAAAAAAGCAUUGAAGCAGGUUAUAUAAAAGCCACUGUACAAGGGAGCAAGCUGGAGGUUCCAGGAAAGUAUAAGACAUGAGCUCACUGGCAAUGUCAUCAUUAAAAACAUCUUAGCAAUCA